GGUAAAUCUACGAACGUAAUUGAGCAAUUGGUUUAAAUGUUUAACAUCCUCUUAGGGUAUAAUUUUUUAGUAAAUGAUUCGAGAGUAUUAUUGUUGAUAGAUUUUGUUCCAGACACUACACGAUAUUUGGAUCACAGAACUACAUCCCUAACCUCACUUAACGAGAAUGUUAGAAGUGACAGACGUUGGAAGUUCUAUGCAACGUUUCGGAUGGGUUGAUUACGUUACUUUCAUCGGGAUGUUGGGUAUAAGUUUAAUUGUAGGUUUGUAUUUUGGUAUAUGGAAAAAAUCGGAAACCGCUCAAGAUUAUUUAGUGGCUAGUAGAUCGAUGGGCGUGAUUCCGAUUGCGAUGUCGCUGCUUGCUAGUUCUGUAAGCGGUAUAUCUUUAUUGGGAAUACCGACAGAAGUAUACGUUUACGGAAUACAGUAUAUUUACAUCCUUGGAGGUUACUUAAUUUCAGCCUUACUCAUGAGCUUCAUAUUUCUGCCGGUUUUCCAGGACCUGCAGCUCACUUCAACAUACGAGUAUCACGAAAGGAGGUUCAGCAAAACUGUACGUUUGUUUGGAUCUCUUCUAUUCACUAUUAAAAUGUUAUCGUGGUUACCUUUGGUCAUAUACGUUCCUGCUCUAGCUUUUAACCAAGUAACUGGAAUUAACGUCCAUUUAAUAACCCCUACUGUGUGUGCGUUUUGUAUAUUUUACACGUCAUUAGGAGGUUUGAAAGGAGUAGUAUGGACCGAUGUGAUUCAAUUAGUUCUCAUGUUCGGAGCAUUGAUGUUAGUAAUGGUUAAAGGUACUUUACACGCCGGUGGUUUUGAAACGGUUUUUAAACGAAAUUGGAAUAGCGACAGACUCGAAGGACCUAAUUUCGAUUUAGAUCCAUUGGCGAGACAUACGAUAUGGGCGUUGGUUAUUGGUGGUGCUUUUAUGACCGUUCAAACGACAGGCGUUAAUCAAAAUAUGAUACAGAGAUACCUGUCGCUGCCAUCUUUGAAACAUUCUAAAAGAGCUUUAUGGGCGUUUUUUGUUGGUAUUACACUUUUAAUGGGUUUUUGUUCUUAUUGCGGUUUGUUGAUAUACGCCACGUACGAUAAAUGUGAUCCGUUAACAACAAAGUUGGCAAAAAAAAGAGAUCAACUGCUACCAUUACUAGUGAUGGAAAUUUUAGGAGACUUUCCUGGAAUCCCUGGUAUAUUUGUUGCUGGUAUUUUCAGCGCAGCCCUUAGCUCUCUAUCAACAGGUUUGAACGCAAUGGCGGCAAUCGUACUAGAAGAUUUUUAUAAGCCGUUUUUUGGUAAUCAACUUACCGAGAAAAAAAGUUUCUACAUUAUGAAAUCCACAGUUAUUUGUACUGGAAUUGUGUGCAUAGGAUUAGUAUUUGUUGUUGAAAAACUGGGUACUGUCCUACAGCUGUCCAUGAGUAUCGGUUCCAUUGGUAAUGGCCCUUCUUUAGGUGUUUCCGCUAUGGGCAUAUUAUUGCCUUGGGUAAACUCAAAGGGCGCGCUUUGCGGAGGAAUAGCAUCCCUUAUCUUCAUGUGCUGGUAUUGUUUAACAACUCAAAGUUUAAUCGCUUCAGGAGAUUUAGUUUUCGAAGAAAAACCGGUUUCCACUGAGGGUUGUCACUAUUUUUUCUCGCCCGUGAUAAUACAAACAAAUAAUAUAACACAUACAGACGAACAGUUAAUGAUAUACAGAUUGUCCUAUUUAUACUAUUGCAUGAUAGGAACGUUAGUAGCGAUGCUAGUAGGAGUUAUUGUUAGCGUAUUGACAAAACCUACAGAUCCAAGAGACAUCGAUCCAAAAUUAUUGGCACCUUUUAUAAGGAGAUUAAUAACACCGAGAAAAUUUUCUAAUCAACCGUACGAUGGCAUCACAUACGCAUUCGGAUCUCCUGCAAACGGAACAGAAAAACAAAAAAAGGAUAUCACCGAUGUUGAAAUGAAAGGUUGAAUAUUUUUUGAAACAUCUUGUAUUCUUUGUUUUUUUUUUGUUUUAAAUAAACAUAAUACAUU